AUGGACUGCACGGCACUCACCGGCCUUCCUCCAUCCUUCUCCGAGCUCACGUCUCUCGAAACGCUCACGAUUCAAAACGCGAAGCACUUUAAAGGAGCGCUGCUAGAUGGAUUUGGGUGCUCGAAUAGCCUCAAGGAGCUGUCGCUCGACUCCCUGCCACGCCUGUCUGCCCUUCCGGCUUCCUUCUCAGACGUUGAUUCCCUCACCUGCCUGGAAGUCGGCAAUUGCCCUAAUGUAACGGUCUUGCCAGAGGAAAUCGGACGGCUGAAGGCGCUCGAGGAGGUCAGGAUCUUUGGAAUGGGCGCUCUGAUGUUUCUCCCUUCGUCGCUUCUUGAGCUGCCCUGUCUUCGAUCGCUGAAAGUGCGGGCGUGCGGUGCGCUAAGGGCGGUUCUAGGGGAUGAGGAGGUGUACAUACGUACUGCCAGAGGCUUUAUGAUCACCACUGGCAGCACGAGCGGCAGCCGCGCAUUGCUUCCUUCCCUUGAGAGCCUCAAGAUGAAGGAGCUCGGUGUUGAGACCUUUGGUCCAUCCCUUGGUCGUCUGUCUGCUUUGACGCAGCUGAAGGUCUCAAAGAUGAAUGAGCUAGGCACUCUUCCUGACUCCAUCUCUCAACUCUCGCAGCUGCAAAGGCUCAAAGUUGGCUCGAUCAGAUGUUUGAAAACACUGCCCGAGGCCCUUGGUGGGCUCGCAGGGCUCCUUGUCUUGCAGCUGGUUCAACUCAAUGCAAUGCAGCAGCUGCCCAAGUCUAUCGGGCAGCUGAAGAUGCUCGAGACGCUAGAGAUUAGCGACUGCUUCAAGCUGACGCAGCUUCCAGAGUCAUUUGUGAAUCUAUCCAACCUGCAGUCCUGCUCUCUUGUUAAGGUUGGAAUCUCAGUCAUUCCAGCUGACAUCUGCAAGCUUUCUUCCCUCGAGAAGUUGCAGAUCGUGGGACUGACGCGGUUGCAGAGCUUGCCAAAUUCCAUCACUCGGCUGCCUAAGCUUGCGGAGCUGGAGGUGCGCGCGUGCAAGAAUCUGGCCCGACUGCCGCCCCACGAGAAGGGUACCUGUGAGGAGAGAGAGGGGGGAGGGAGAAGAGGGGGAGGGAGAAGAGGGGGAGGGAGAGGAGGGGAAGCGAAAGGAGGGGGAGGGAGAGGAGGGGAAGCGAGAGGAGGGGGAGGGAGAGGAUGGGGAGGGAUAGGAGGGGGAGCGAGAGGAGGGGAAGCAAGAGGAGGGGGAGGGAGAGGAGGGGGAGGGAGAGGAGGGGAAGCGAGAGGGGGAGGGAGAGGAGGGGGAACAAGAGGAGGGGGAGGGAGAGGAGGAGGAGGGAGAGGAGGGGGACGGAGGGGAUUCUGA